AUGAAUAACAAUAUAACACCUACCAAAAAUGAUUAUUAUAACGUACCUUCGAGUCCAGUUUUCAAUCAAACAAAAAGUGUUGAAGAUUCAGCUAGCAACAAAAUUCAGUCCGAAAUAAGCACUCAUGAGAAAAAUGCAACAAAUAUUUCAAAUGAAAUAUCUUGUGAUAAAUUGGAACAAACACAUGAUAAUAAACAAAAGAAAUAUAUGCUUUAUUCAGAGAAAUCUAAAAAGAAUAAUAGUCGAGAUAAGAUCAGUAUUAAGAAAAACAUUUUAUCAUAUGCAAAAUGCUUAGAGAGUUUAAAUAAGACUGAAAGACAAUCAAGAAUGAAAGCCAAACAAUUACUAUCUCAAGGACUUCAAACAUUUUCUGCUAUUGAAAAUAUUGAACAAACAUCUCAAAGUAAAGAAUUAACCUUAAGUAGUUCUUUAACGGAUAGUGAGCUUAUAACAGCAAAUGAUCUAUUGCAAGAUUUUGAAACAAAAGCUAUAGAUUUCAGCCAAUGGACAGGUAAUACAGAAUUUAUGCAUACAUCGCCAAAAUCAUGUAUUUUUCAAGAACAAACUAACAAUGAAAAAAACAAUAUUUCAAAAAAGAACUGUGCUGAAUUAAAUUUAGGUAUUUUAGAAAAUGAAGCAGACUUGGCCGACUUUAAUGGUUUUGAAUUACAGGAAAAAUUAAGUGAUUUUGCACUUAAAAAACAUAUAUUUACUUUAUUACCAUACACGAAAACUAGAAACUGUUUUAGUGAAAAUUCAGGCAUCAAAAACAAAAGCACCUUAUUAAUAAAUCCCAGUAAAAAUGAACAAAUAAACCAGCUCGAACCUGAUGAAUGCAUAGAUAAAUUUACAGGUUUAGAUAAAAUUGAAAAUGAUACUGCAAAUCUAUUGAGUCUCAAGAUUUUUAAUAACAUUUGCUUGAAACGAAAGAUUUCAAAAGAAAGUGAUCAGAUAACAAAUUCAGCCAGUUUGGAAAAUCAUAAAUCUAGUGAACAUGGAAAUAUUACAGAAUCUGAUGCAGAUAAUAUUUCUGUAAAUUCUAAUAAACUGUUUGAAUUUAAGGAAUCCCUGGCUGAUGGAAGUGAUAUUGGCCUUGGAAUUAAUAACUCUGGAUUUGUUGGUUUUCAAUCAGCUAGUGGCAAACACAUAAAAAUCUCAAAGAAAGCUUUAACAAAAUCCAAAAAAUUAUUUGAGGAUAAUGAUUCCUCAGACAACAUAAUUCCUAUUAGUAGUGAACAAGUAUGCCUAAGCAAUGAACAAAGUUCUGGAUACCUUCAAUCAGCAAAUGAUAAAAAUAUAUCAGAUCCUGAAGAUUUUUCAAAAAAUUCAUCCAAUGAAGGGAAGAAAAAAUACAUCCCAGAGAAUAAUGAAAUACCAGCUAAUUCAAAUGAAUUUAGAAUCCAAUCAGUAAAUAUGAUGGCAAAAUUUGGUAAAACAAUUCCCAUUUCUCAAAAUGCUCUAGAAAAAUCCAGAAAACUUUUUGAGGACGAUGAAAUUUCAGCUAAAGAUGAAAACUCUACCAAAGAUAGAGACAAAAUUUGUCCUUUUGUUGGUUUUCACACAGGUAGUGGUAAACAGAUUCCGAUUUCACAAAAUGCUUUAACAAAAUGUAGAAAACUCUUUGAAGACAAUGAAGUUGCUGACAAAGAAUAUGAAAACUGUACUAAAGAAGCAAAUAGGGACAAAAUUAGUUCUUUUGUUGGUUUCCAGUCUGGUAGCGGUAAACAGAUUCCCAUUUCACAAAAUGCUUUAGCAAAAUCUAGAAAACUCUUUGAGGACAGUGAAAUUUCUGAUAAAGAAUAUGAAAAUUUUACCAAAGAAGCAAAUGGGGAUAAAUUGUUGGUUUUGUUCCAGUCUGAUAGUGGUCAAAAGAUUCAGAUAUCACAAAAUGCUUUAGAGAAAUCCAGAAAACUCUUUCCAGACAAUGAUAUAUCGGAUAAAGGUGAAAAUUAUACUAAAGAAGUAAAUAAGGACAAAAUUUCUCAUUUUGUUGGUUUUCAAUCUGGUAGUGGUAAACAGAUUCCAAUUUCACAAAGUGCUUUAGAGAAAUCCAAAACACUUUUUCAAGACAAUGAAAUUUCAGAUGAAGAAUAUGCAAAUUGCACUAAAGAAGUAGAUAGAGACAAAAUUUGUACCUUCAUAGGUUUUCAAUCUGGUAGUGGUAAAACUAUUCCAAUUUCACAAAAUGCUUUAAAAAAAUCCAGAAUGCACUUGCAGGACAAAGAAUUUUCAGACAAAGAUAAAAAUUGUACUAAAGGAGAAGAUAGAGCCAAAAAUUGUCCCUUUAUAGGUUUCCAAUCUGCUAGUGGUAAAAAGAUUCAGAUUUCACAAAAUGCUUUAGAGAAAUCCAGAAAACUUUUUCUUGAUGAUGAAUUAUCAGAUGAAGGUGAAAAUUGUUUCCAGUCUAGUGAUGAAGCAAAUUGGAACAAAAUUAGUCCUUAUGUUGGUUUCCAGUCUGGUAGUGGUAAAAAGAUUCCAAUUUCACAAAAUGCUUUAGAAAAAUCCAGAAAACUCUUUCAAGACAAUGAAAUUUCUGAUAAUGAAUAUGAAAAUUGUACUAAAGGACCAAAUAGGGACAACAAUUGUCCUUUUAUAGGUUUUCAGUCUGGUAGUGGUAAAAAGAUUCAGAUUUCACAAAAUGCUUUAGAAAAAUCCAGAAAACUCUUUCAAGACGAUGAUUUAUUAGAUAAAUGUGAAAAUUAUACUAAAGAAGUAAAUAAGGACAAAAUUGUUACUUUUGUUGGUUUUCAAUCUGGUAGUGGUAAACAGAUACCAAUUUCACAAAGUGCUUUAGAGAAAUCCGAAAGACUUUUUCAAGACAAUGAAAUUUCAGAUAAAGAAUAUGAAACAUGUACUAAAGAAGUAGAUGGAGUCAAAAUUAGUACCUUCAUGGGUUUUCAAUCUGGUAGUGGUAAACAGAUUUCGAUUUCACAAAGUGCUUUAGAAAAAUCUAGAAAACUUUUUCAAGAUGAUGAAUUUUCAGAUAAAGGUGAAAGUUGUACUAAAGAAGUAGAUAGGCGCAAAAUUAGUACUUUCAUGGGUUUCCAGUCUGGUAGCGGUAAAAAGAUUCAGAUUUCACAAAAUGCUUUAGAGAAAUCGAGAAAACUCUUUCAAGACAAUGAAUUAUCAGAUAAAUGUGAAAAUUAUACUAAAGAAAUAAAUAUGGACAAAAUUUAUCCUUUUGUUGGUUUUCAAUCUGGUAGUGGUAAACAAAUACCAAUUUCACAAAGUGCUUUAGAAAAAUCUAAAAGACUUCUUCAAGACAAUGAAAUUCAGAUAAAGAAUAUGAAAAUUGUAUUAAAAAAUGGUAAAACUAUUCCAAUUUCACAAAGUGCUUUAGAAAAAUCCAAAAAACUUUUCGAGGACAAUGAAAUUUUAGAUAAAGAUUUAGAAAACUCUACUAAAGAAGUAGAUAGAGGCAAAAAUAGUUCUAUUAAAGGAUUUCAAUCUGGUAGUGGUAAACAGAUUCCGAUUUCACAAAGUGCUUUAGAAAAAUCUAGAAUUUUUCAAGAUGAUGAAUUUUCAGAUAAAGGUGAAAGUUGUACUAAAGAAGUAGAUAGAGAAAAAAUUAGUUCUUUUAAAGGUUUUCAGUCUGGUAGUGGUAAACAGAUACCAAUUUCAGAAAAUGCUUUAGAGAAAUCCAGAAAACUCUUUCAAGACGAUGAAAUUUCAGAUGAAGGUGAAAAUUAUACUAAAGAAUUAAAUAGGGACAAAAUAGGUACUUUUGUUGGAUUUCAAUCUGGUAAUGAUGAUUCACAAAAAUAUUUAGAGAAAACCAGUAUAUUAUUAGAUGGUUAUGAAAUUUCAGCUAAAGAUUCUAAAAGCUACCCUGAAGAUGCUGAUGUAAAUUUAAAUCUUGGGCUGAAAACAAAUAGGAAAUUAUUUGAAACUGAUAUAUCAACUUCAAAAAAAUACUAUUUUAUUAGAAAAAAUAAAGCAAGAGAUAUUACUGAUAAGGAACAUAUUGAAUCAAAAGUGAUUUGGAAAUUUAAUAAUAUAAGUUCAUCUAGCAAUAAUGAGUUUCAUGAUGGAAAAAUUCAACAGGAUACAGAUUUAUAUUAUAAACAACCUUUAUCACCUAUUUUAAUGAAAAAACCUAUUUCUGUAAAUAAAGCUCCAAAAUCAGAUGAUAAUGUUAGUAUAUCCCAGGAAAUUAAAGAGAGUACGUCUGCUUUAAUGGCAGACGAAAUGUCUUUUAUAGAUGAUUCAAUUUUCAAAGGCUCAAUAGUAACAAGUCCUUCAAGUUUUCUGAAUGAUGUAUCAAAUACUCUACAACCUGUUCUAAUCAACGCUGAUGCAACACAGAAUGAGUUGCAAAUUCAGCAGUGUACUACUUUUAAUAAGAAUCUUGGAGCAAGAGAUUUAUUCAAAAAGAAACCAGAGGACAAAACGAAAGAACGAAAUUUGAAUAAUCAAAUAAAUAAAUCAACUGAAGCACUACAAUCAAAAUUUAAAAUACCUUUAAAGCCUGGAUUAAAUAAAGUUGUUGAUAAUUCUUUAAAACGACGUGCAGUUGAUAUGGAUUUAGAUUAUUCUGUACCAUUUGCAAAGAAAAAUAAAGAAGUAGAAUUUGAAAAUAAUUCAAUUGACAUAGAAAUGAUUCUAUUUAAUACCCAAAUCAUAUCAAAAAUAGAUGAAAGGAUAGUUUCUGAAGAUGUUUGUACUAUGAGAAACAUGAGUUAUGAAAAACAAAAAAUGAGGAUCAAACAUAUUAAAAGGAGAAAAAUUGAUUGCAAACCUUUGAGAGGAUCUAGUUUAACAAAUAAAAUUGGAUCUACUGAUCGCGUAUCAUGCUAUGAUCGUGAUACAUUAUUAUACAAAUUUCACUUGAAAAAAAAUAUUAUUGAUGUAUCUAUACAAAAUAUAGAUAAUUUUAUCUUCAGUGCUUGGGAUUAUUACAGUAAUGCUACUUGUAAAACUAAUACAUCUGGCAUAGAAUGCGGAGAUGGAGCAAUAUUAAUUCUUGAUGAAAACAGCAAUAUCACUCAAGAAAGAAUAGUGACAAGUUUUCUAACAAGUCCAGGAGUUGAUUCAAAUAUUAUUAACGACACUUGGGUCAAGAAUCAUAUCAAAUGGAUAAUUUUGAAACUUGCUUCCAUGGAAAGAAGUUUUCCUAAUUUAUUUGCGAAUAAAGCAUGCACUCCCCACAAUCUAAUGCUUCAGUUGAAGUACAGAUAUGAUAGAGAAGUAGAUGAAGCUGAAAAAUCUUGUCUUAAAAAGAUUCUACAAACGGAUGACACACCAUCGAAACCAAUGGUAUUGUACUGUGCUGAUAUAUAUAAACUUGAUAGUAAAUUGAAUGAUACUAUAAAUGAUAAGCAGGUUUUUUAUGAGCUAGAGUUAAGCGAUGGAUGGUACAGUGUUCGAACUAAAAUAGAUCUCUUAAUGAGCAAAAUGAUCUCUGAUGGAAAAUUUCAAAUUGGAGAUAAAAUAUAUACUGUAGGCAGUGUCUUAUUGAAUUGUUUACAAGGUUGUGACCCUUUAGAGGUUCCAGAAGAUGUUCGAUUGCAGAUUUUCAGUAAUAGUAGUACCCGAGCUCGAUGGGAUAUGCGCUUAGGGUUUACUGGCUUGCCUCCGAUGUUACCUUGCUUAGGAACCAUUCAUUAUCUUGGCGGUGUUAUACAUUCAACUGAAUUUGUCAUUGUAAGGCGUUAUCCUAUGAUGUACUUAGUAAAACACAAUGGAAAAACAACAAUGCAUUCUGAAAAAUUAGAAUUAAAGCUUGCUCAAGAAUAUGAAAGGAAAAAAAGUGAAGAGAUGGAAAAAAUUUAUAGUCAAGUUCGGAAAUCUUAUGAACAGGAAUUAUUAGAACAAGCACGAAAUAAAUUUGUUGUUAAUGAAACAGAUAUAAAUAAGAUUAGAUGUGCGGAAGAACUUUGUGAACUAAUGAGAUUAUCUCAUGAUCCUUCUGCUUUACAAAAUGAGCUGACUGAUUCACAAAAAAAUUUAAUGCUGGAACAUUAUGAUAAAAAGCGAAAUGAUAUUACCAAUGAAAUUUUUAAUAGGGUGCAAGAUAUAACAAAUAAAGAAAACACAUCAAAAAGGAGUUCUUCACAACUUCUUAAAAUUAGAGUGGUUCCUCUUUGCAAGAAUUCCAUUCCUACUCAUAAUAAAUCGGUGAUUAUAUCUAUAUGGAGACCUAAUGCUUUAACCUGUGAUGUCCUAAAUGAAAAUCAGUUUAUUAGAGCUCACAACUGUACUGCCGAAAGUAUAAGAAAUGGAGAUUUACAGAUAUCAGCUGGAAGACAAGCAUCAUUUAAAAUAAUCUCUAAUAAAAGACGUAUCGGAUUUAAAACCUAUCCAUUUCGUACAUUUACAAGCAUUACAGAUAUGUACAAAAAUAAUUUUAAUCCUGUUUUUAAUGAAAUUGAUACAGUUGGUGUUGUAUUCUAUAUAUCUACAUUUCGCAAUGCCAGUUCUUUUCAAUCAGUAUUUAUAGCUGAUUUAAACAAAAAAAUAAUUGAAAUAUCCUUCUGGGGUGGAAUUCAGCAUCAUGGUUAUGAAAAACUUAUUGCUGUUAAGACAAUACUUGCUUGUAGCAAUUUGCAAUGGAGAAAUAAGAAUAGUGGUCGUCAAAUACUUUAUCUCUAUGUAACUGAUUUGACAACAUUUUCAGCAAAUCCGCAACAACUACAUUUGCAAAAGGUUUUCAAUUCUUUUGAAUUGUCUUUAAAAAAUACUAUGGAACAAUUUGUAAAUGAAUGUAAGCAAUCUUUAUGGGCAUCAAAAAUGUCCCCUAAUACUUCGACGAAUUUUACUCCUGAAAGAAAAUAUUCUCCAUCAAUAAAUAUGGAAGUUGAAAGUAAAAGAACACCACCAGUUCAAAAAAGGCUUGAUAUGUUAUCUACUCUUCCUGAACCUCCUAAAUUAUCACCAGUUUCAUUUAAAACUCCUACUAAGAGGUUUACCAAACCUUUUAAACCUCCAAAGCCAAUCCUGGAUAAAAUGAAUAAUAAUACAAAUAUAGAAAGUGGAAGUCCACCUUUGAGCUUAGAAUGA